CCUUCGGCUGUUACUUCCUCCUGCCUGUGAAGUAUUUCUUUUUCUUUUUUUCCCCAGUAUUAUUUAGCAUGCAAACCAUAGAAAAGUUGGUUUCUCACUGAGCUUUCCCAUUCUCUCCCCUCUCUUCAAAGAGUCUUGACAGCUGUGAAAGGCGUGCAGCAGGAGGAUGGAGAGCAAGCCAGCAGUGAAUGGCCAUGCUGCCCCCAACUCUCACCAGGAAGACAUGCCAGGAGCAAACCACUUGAGCCAGGACAUAUUGCCUUGCAAACAGAAAAAGGCAGCUGACAGGGAUGUGGUGGUGAUGGAUGCUUCUAGUGAGCCCUCGCAGGCAGCUGGCAGCAUUGCUGGAGUGUAUGUAGAGGCUUCAAAGAAGAUAAUGAGCUUUUAUGAUGCCACCAGAGAGCACCUCCUGAGUUUGGAUUCAGCACUCUGUCUUCUAGAGGCCCAGGCAGCCAUGGGCUUCAUCACUGACCCAGUGAAGAACAGGCAAGUCUCUGUAGCAGAAGCUGUGGAGCUGGGGCUGGUGGGGCUGGAGCUGAAGGAGAGGCUACUCUCUGCAGAGAAAGCUGCUACUGGCUUCGUGGACCCCUACACAGAAGAGAAAAUCUCCCUCUACCAGGCGAUCCAGAAGGACCUGAUUGGGAGGGAGCAAGGUACCCGGCUGCUAGAGGCCCAGAUUGCAACUGGAGGCAUCAUUGACCCAGCCACUGGCUGCCGGAUCCCAGCAGAUGUUGCCUGCGAGAAGGGAUAUUUAGAUGAAGAGAUGAGCCAGUUCCUUUCUGACCCCAGCAAUGAGGACAGCAAAGGGUUCCUCAACCCCAGUACUAUGGAGAGGGCCACUUAUAUGGAGCUUAUAAAGAGGUGUGUUGUUGAUCCGGCCUCGGGCUUCCUCCUCUUACCCCUGCAAAUCACGUUCCCAGGGCUGGGAGGGAGGGUGACCAGCAGGGAUCUGCUGGACUCUGGCAUCAUCAGCCCUGACAUGUUCAGAGGUCUUGAGGAGGGAAGAGUUUCUGCCCAGGAGGUAGCAGAGAAUGACUCCGUUCAGCAGUUCCUCCAUGGCACAAGGAGCGUGGCUGGUGUUGUCCUGCCUUCCAGUGAGCGGAAAAGCCUUUACCAGGCCCUGAGAGAGCAUCUCCUCCUGCCUGGUGCUGCUCUGAUGCUCCUGCAAGUCCAGGCCUCCACCGGCAGCCUGACAGACCCCGUAAAGAACAAAACCUACUCAGCUGAUGAGGCUGUCAGGGUCGGUCUCAUUGGCCCAGAGCUUCAUGAGAAAUUGUCUUCAGCUGAGAGGACCAUCACGGGGUACAGGGACCCCUCCACUGGAGAAAUGCUCUCUCUAUUCCAAGCCAUCAGGAAGGGAUUCAUCCCCAGGGAUCAUGGCAUUUGCCUGCUGGAGGCUCAGAUGGCCACAGGGGGUAUAAUUGCUCCAGGCAGGCACCUCCGUGUCCCUACAGAGACAGCUUGCAAGUGGGGGUACCUGGACGAGGACACAAGACAGCUCCUCUCCAGUCCUACUGAUGACAUGAAAGGAUUCUUUGACCCCAGCUCCAAGGAGAAGCUGACCUAUGCAGACCUGCUCAGGCGCUGUGUCACUGAUCCCAACACAGGGCUCCUUCUGCUGCCACUUGGUGGAGACAGCAGAGAAGGAUCUGAGGGAACCCCCCUCUUCUUUGACCACAGGACCCAAACAGCUCUGGAAAACACACAAGUACCCAUUGCUUUAAGUAAAUUCAAGGGAAAGUCAGUGUCUCUCUGGAAACUCCUCUUCUCAGACUACAUCCAGAGUGAGCAAAGAGCUGCUCUCACUCAGCAGUACCUUGCAGGAACGCUCUCUAUACAAGAAUUGGGUAAGGCGGUCAGCGCCGCCAUUGAGGAAGUGGCUUCCACUGCUAAUGUCACCUUCAAAGGACUGAGGGACCAGGUGACAGCUGACCAACUCCUGAGCUCCGAAAUUAUCAGCAAAGAUUUGUUUAAGAAACUGAAGGAGGGAGCAACAUCAGCCAAAGAAGUUGUCAGCAUGGACACUGUCAAGAAGUACCUGCAAGGGACAGGUAGCAUUGGUGGGCUGCUGCUUCCCGACUCCCAGGAGAAGAUCAGCAUCUACCAGGCAAAGCGGAAAGGACUUCUAAGGCCAGGAACAUCGCUGAUCCUCCUGGAGGCACAGGCUGCCACUGGAUUUAUCAUUGACCCAGCUGCCAACAAAAGGUAUUCUGUGGAUGAGGCUUUAAGAGCGAAUGUCAUUGGCCCAGAUGUUUACGACAAGCUACUGACUGCAGAGAAAUCGGUCACCGGCUACAGAGAUCCUUACUCAGGGAACAAGAUCUCCCUCUUCCAGGCCAUGAAUAAAGAGUUCAUCGUGAAGGAGCACGCCAUCCGCCUGCUCGAGGCCCAGAUCGCCACGGGCGGCAUCAUCGACCCCGUCAACAGCCACCGCAUCCCCGUGGAGGUGGCCUAUAAGCGUGGCUACUUCGACAAGAAGAUGAACUUAAUCCUUUCCGAUCCCAGCGAUGACACCAAGGGCUUCUUUGACCCCAACACCCAUGAGAACCUCACCUACCUGCAGCUCAAGGAGAAGUGCAUUACAGAGCCAUCCACCGGGCUCUGCCUCCUUCCUCUGAACAGCAGGAAGCGCCAGUUCAUUGAUGACACCACCAGACGGGUCUUCAGGAGCUCCUGGCUGCCGGUCAGGUUUGGGCGGUUACGGGGGGAGAAGGUCUCCGUGUGGGACCUGCUGAACUCCGAGUACUUCAGCGAGGGAAGGCGCCGAGAGAUAUUCAACCACUACCAGCUGAGGAAGCUCACCCUGGAGCAAAUUCGAAUCAUGUUAGAGGAGGAAAUGAAAAAAUGGGCCCCCAUCAAGUUCCCAGCCAUGAGAGGCAGCGUCAGCGCUUACCACCUGAUGGAAACAGGUGUCAUUGACAAGGCCCUGUUUGAGAAGGUGUUGGAGGGAUCCGUCACACCAGAGGAAGUCUUGCACAUGGACUCUGUCAGAAAGUACCUCUAUGGCUCUGGCAGCAUUGGGGGCAUUGUACUCCAGCCAUCAAACCAGAGGAUAAGCAUUUACGAGGCCAUGAAGCAAAACAUUGUGGUACCAGGAGUAGCCCUCCCACUGCUAGAGGCCCAGGCUGCCACAGGCUUCAUCAUUGACCCAGUGAACAACCAGAAACUCUGUGUGGAUGAUGCCAUCAAGGAGGGAGUCAUUGGGCCAGAAGUCCAUGAGAAACUGCAGCAUGCAGAAGGGGCUGUAACAGGCUAUAAAGAUCCUUUCACAGGCAAGAAGAUAUCCCUCUUCCAGGCAAUGAAGAAGGGCCUGGUUGCGGACAAACAGGCCAUGCAGUUGAUGGAGGUGCAGAUGGCUACAGGAGGCAUUAUUGAUCCAACAUGUGGCCACUAUAUCCCCAUAGAAUCUGCCCAGAAGCGAGGGUGCCUGGAUGAGGAUACAAGCAAGGCCCUUUCUAAGCCCAAUGACAACAACAGAGCCUUCUGCAUCCCAGACAGCAAAGAGGCCGUGACCUAUGCUGAGUUAAUCAAGCUCUGCCAGAAGGACGAGAUCUCCGGCUUCCACUUGCUGCCUCUGCGACAGACAGCGGCUCCUGCCUACACCGACGAACAAAUCCAACAGGUUUUCAAGGAAACUGUGGUGAAGGAAAAAGGGGUCUCCCUCUGGGAGCUAAUCCACUCUGGGUAUUUCACUGAGGAGCAGAGGAGUGACUUCAUGGAGAGGUUCCGGUCUGAGGAAAUGUCGCUGCAGCAGCUGGUUGCUCUUGUGCUCAGACUGGUUGGGGAGAUGGAAAUGAAAGCCCGCACCGAGAUCACCUUGGAAGGCUUGUGGGGCAGUGUCCCUGCAGUCUGGCUGCUGGAUGCUGGCAUCAUUACUGAGAAGACGUUUGAAGAACUGGCUGAGGGCAUAAGAACUCCUGAGGAAGUGGCGGCAAUGGAGAGUGUGAAGAGGUACUUGCAGGGCACAGGCAGCAUCGCCGGGGUAUUCAUAGAAGCAUCCAAAAAGAAGAUGAGCUUUUACGAUGCCAUGAAAAACAAUCUCCUCCUCCCUGGGGCUGCUCUGAGGCUGCUAGAAGCUCAAGCAGCCACAGGAUACCUAACUGACCCAGCAACAAACCAGAGACUCAGUGUGAGGGAUGCUGUGAAAGCAGCUGUUGUUGGCGAAGAGCUCACCGAGAAACUCCUUCUAGCUGAGAGGGCAGUGACUGGCUACACAGACCCCUACACAGGGAGCUCCAUCUCACUAUGUCAGGCACUCAGGAAAGAGUUGAUUCCCCUGGGAGAUGCUGUUCCCUUGCUAGAGGCCCAGCUGGCCACAGGAGGGGUCAUUGAUCCCAUUCACCACCAUCACCUUCCACUCCAGGCUGCAUGCAGAUAUGGCUUCUGCGAUGAGGACCUGAUCCAAACCCUCUCUCAGCUGAAUGACAGCACCAAAAUCUUUUUUGACCCAAACACGAAAGAGAACAUGACCUACCAGCAGCUGAAGGACAGGUGCAUUCAUGAGGCUGAGUCAGGUCUCUGGCUCCUUCCUCUGUCAGAAAAUGCGAUAUUCUGUGUGGAUGAACAAACCAUGGAGGUGUUGAAAUCUGUGACUGUUUGUGUCAACAUAGGGCGGUUCAAAGGACAGACAGUGUCAGUCUGGGACCUUCUCAACUCUGAAUACCUCUCAGACAGUAAGAGAAGAGAGCUAGUGCAAAAGUACAAAGAUGAGAAUACUGAAGUGCUACAUGAAAUCAUAACAAUUGUCACCACAAUCAUCAAAGAGACUGAGACACAAGGCAAGAAGUUUGCAUUCAAGGGACUAAGGAAAAGAGUAUCCGCCAGUGACCUCUUCCAGUCUCAACUGAUAGACAAAAAAACCCUCGAUGAGCUCAACCAAGGGAAGAAAACAGUCAAAGAAGUCACUGAAAUGGACUCUGUCCGCAGGUACCUGGAGGGCACCAAUUUCAUAGCAGGGGUCCUUAUACAGCCAAGCAAUGAGAAGAUGAGCAUCUACCAGGCCAUGAGGAAGGGCAUCCUGAGGCCAGGGACAGCACUGGUGCUGCUGGAGGCGCAGGCUGCCACCGGCUACAUCAUUGACCCAGAGAAAAACAAGAAGUUUUCAGUGGAGGAAGCAUUAACUGCAGGUCUAAUUGGAGGGGAGAUUUUUGAAAAGCUACUCUGUGCAGAAAGAGCUGUAACAGGCUACACCGAGCCCUACACAAAAGCCCCAAUGUCCCUGUUUGAAGCUAUGAACCAAGGGCUGAUUGUGAAGAGCCACGGCAUCCGCCUGCUCGAGGCCCAGAUUGCCACUGGUGGCAUCAUUGACCCUGUACACAGCCACCGUAUCCCCGUGGAGGUGGCCUACCGGCGCGGCUACUUCAACCAGGAGAUGAACCAGAUCCUCUCCGACCCCAGUGAUGACACCAAGGGCUUCUUUGACCCCAACACCCAUGAGAACCUCACCUACAUGCAGCUCCUGGAGAGAUGUGUCCAAGAUUCAGAGACUGGGUUGUACAUGCUACAAGUUGUACAGGAAGGAGGAAAGUACUUCUACAUUGAUGAAUUUACAAAAAAGGUUUUGUGCUCAAAGCCCCUUAAAGUGAAAAUUGGAAAGUUUAAGGACCAAACAGUUUCCAUCUGGGAAAUUCUCUGCUCUCAUUACAUCUCCGAGCAGAAAAGGAAAGAACUAGUUAUGCAGUACAAAUGCAAAACCCUAACACUGGAAGACCUUAUAGCCAUUAUCUUCAAAAUAAUUGAGGAUACAGAGCAAAGAGCAGAAGCCCUCAAGGUUAAAGGACUCCGGGGGGACGUGUCAAUAUCAGAAUUGUUUAACUCUGAGAUAAUUGACAAGAAAACUCUAGAUCAGCUGCAGGAUGGAAGUCUCACACUUGCAAGCCUCACAAAGAGGGACACCAUCAAAAGGUACUUGGAUGGCACUGGAUGCAUUGCUGGGGUUCUACUCCCAUCGAAGAAAGAGAAGAUGAGCAUCUACCAGGCCCUGAAGAAGGGCCUCCUCACAGAGCAAUGUGCACUGGGACUGCUGGAGGCACAGGCUGCCACUGGUUUUCUCAUUGACCCACUAAAAAAUAAGAAGCUCUCCGUGGAUGAAGCCGUCACGUCCGGGCUAGUGGGGAGCAACUUGCACAAGAAUCUCCUGUUGGCAGAGAAAGCUGUGACGGGAUACACAGAUCCUCAUACAGGAAAUAAAAUAUCCCUCUUCCAGGCCAUAAGGCAAAAGAUAACAGUCAAGGAGCAUGGCACCCACCUGCUCGAGGCCCAGCUUGCCACCGGCGGUGUCAUUGACCCCAUGCACAGCCACCGCCUCCCUGUGGAGGUGGCCUACCGGCGUGGCUACUUGGAUGAUGAUAUGUUUCUUCUGCUUUCUGAUCCAGAUCAUGGUAGCAAAGGUUUUAUAGAUCCAAACACCCAUGAGAAAAUCAGUUACAGUCAGCUCCUGCAGAGAUGUUACAAAGACAGAGAUACUGGAUUGUACCUGCUGCAGGUCAUGGAAAAAGAAGAUGACUAUUUCUACAUUGAUGAGCAAACAAAAAAUGCCCUAUUAUCUACAAAGGUACAAGUGCCUGUUGGAAAAUACAAAGGACAAGUAUUAUCACUGUGGGAACUUCUCUGUACUGAGUACAUCACAGAAGAGAAAAGAAAAGAACUGGUGAAAAAAUAUAAAGAAAAAUCCAAUCAUAUUCUACAAGGAAUCAUUGAUACAAUACUAAAUAUCAUUAAAGAAAGAGAAGAGGACAGAAGUGAUGUCUGGUUCCAAGGAAUCAGACAACAAAUAACAGCAUCAGAACUUGUAAGUGCACAGAUAAUUACAGAAGAAACAAUGGAAAAACUCCACGAAGGAAAAGAGACGGCACAAGAAAUAGCACAAAUGGAUAAUGUGAGAAGAUACCUUGAAGGAACUGGAAGUAUUGCCGGGGUGCUGGUGCCCUCCAAGGCUGACCCCGCCAAGAUGGAGAAGAUGACCAUCUACCAGGCCAUGUGGAAGGGCAUCCUGAGGCAGGGCACGGCGCUGGUGCUGCUGGAGGCGCAGGCUGCCACCGGCUUCAUCAUUGACCCGCUCAGCAAUAAGAAGCUCUCCGUGGACGAGGCCGUCUCGUCCGGGCUGGUGGGCAGUGAGCUACAAAAAAAACUUCUUUGUGCAGAGAGAGCAGUAACAGGCUACACCGACCCCUACACAGGACAAAAGAUGUCUCUUUUCCAGGCCAUGAAGAAAGAGCUCAUCGUCAAGGAGCACGGCAUCCGCCUGCUGGAGGCCCAGAUCGCCACCGGCGGCAUCAUCGACCCCGUGCACAGCCACCGCCUCCCCGUGGAGGUGGCCUACCGGCGCGGCUACUUCGACCAGGAGAUGAACCAGAUCCUCUCCGACCCCAGCGACGACACCAAGGGCUUCUUCGACCCCAACACCCACGAGAACCUCACCUACAUGCAGCUCCUCCGCCGCUGCGUCCCCGACCCGGACACGGGGCUGCUCAUGCUCCAGCUGAUGCACAAGGGCUCCGUGCUCUACCAGCUGACCGAGGACGCCCGGCAAGCCCUGCAGGCUGCCCGCACCACCCUCAGCGUGGGGCUCUUCCAGGGCCAGAGCGUCACCGUCUGGGAGCUCCUCUUCUCCCGCUACGUCCCCGACCACCGGCGCCAGGACCUCCUCCGGAGGUACAAGGCGGGGACGGUCACCAUCUCGGAGAUGAUCACCCUCCUCACCGCCAUCAUCACCGGGGCUGAGGGCCAGGGCCACGGCGCUGCCUUGGCCCGCAAGCCGACGCAGCGGGAGGCCCCGCCGUUGGCCGAGAAUGGCGAGGCCGCGGGCUCCCAGCAGGAGCGGGAGCGGGAGCGGGAGCGGGAGCUGGAGCGGGAGCGGGAGCGGGAGCGGGAGCGGGAGCGGGAGCUGGAGCGGUCCCUGAAGUCCCGCACCGUCGAGGUCUCGGCGGGUGGCUUCCACGGCAGGAAGGUCUCCCUGUGGGAGCUCCUCUUCUCCACGUACGUCUCCGAGGCAAAGAGGCAGGAGCUGCUGGCGCAGGUCCGGGCCGGCAGUGUGGCGCUGGACGAGCUGGCGAGGCGCCUCACCCUCCUCAUCGAGGAGGUGGUGGAGCGGAGCAGCAGCAUGAAAUUCACGGGGUUCAGGAGGCAGGUGACCGCCUCGGACCUGGUGGACUCGGGCAUCAUCGACAAGGACACGCUGGCCGACCUCGUGCAGGGCUCCAAGACGGUGGAGGAGGUGACGGAAAUGGCCUCCGUCAAGCGCUACCUGGACGGCACGGGCUGCAUCGCCGGCGUGCUGGUGCCCUCCAAGGCCGACCCCGCCAAGAUGGAGAAGAUGACCAUCUACCAGGCCAUGUGGAAGGGCAUCCUGAGGCAGGGCACGGCGCUGGUGCUGCUGGAGGCGCAGGCUGCCACCGGCUUCGUCGUUGACCCGCUCAGCAACAAGAAGCUCUCCGUGGACGAGGCCGUCUCGUCCGGGCUGGUGGGCAGCGAGCUGCACGAGAAGCUCCUGUCGGCCGAGAGGGCCGUGACGGGCUACACCGACCCCUACACCGGCGACCAGAUCUCUCUCUUCCAGGCCAUGAAGAAGGAGCUCAUCGUCAAGGAGCACGGCAUCCGCCUGCUGGAGGCCCAGAUCGCCACCGGCGGCAUCAUCGACCCCGUGCACAGCCACCGCCUCCCCGUGGAGGUGGCCUACCGGCGCGGCUACUUCGACCAGGAGAUGAACCAGAUCCUCUCCGACCCCAGCGACGACACCAAGGGCUUCUUCGACCCCAACACCCACGAGAACCUCACCUACAUGCAGCUCCUCCGCCGCUGCGUCCCCGACCCGGACACGGGGCUGCUCAUGCUCCAGCUGAUGCACAAGGGCUCCGUGCUCUACCAGCUGACCGAGGACGCCCGGCAAGCCCUGCAGGCUGUCCGCACCACCCUCAGCGUGGGGCUCUUCCAGGGCCAGAGCGUCACCGUCUGGGAGCUCCUCUUCUCCCGCUACGUCCCCGACCACCGGCGCCAGGACCUCCUCCGGAGGUACAAGGCGGGGACGGUCACCAUCUCGGAGAUGAUCACCCUCCUCACCGCCAUCAUCACCGGGGCUGAGGGCCAGGGCCACGGCGCUGCCUUGGCCCGCAAGCCGACGCAGCGGGAGGCCCCGCCGUUGGCCGAGAAUGGCGAGGCCGCGGGCUCCCAGCAGGAGCGGGAGCGGGAGCGGGAGCGGGAGUUGGAGCGGGAGCGGGAGCGGGAGCGGGAGCGGGAGCGGGAGCUGGAGCGGUCCCUGAAGUCCCGCACCGUCGAGGUCUCGGCGGGUGGCUUCCACGGCAGGAAGGUCUCCCUGUGGGAGCUCCUCUUCUCCACGUACGUCUCCGAGGCAAAGAGGCAGGAGCUGCUGGCGCAGGUCCGGGCCGGCAGUGUGGCGCUGGACGAGCUGGCGAGGCGCCUCACCCUCCUCAUCGAGGAGGUGGUGGAGCGGAGCAGCAGCAUGAAAUUCACGGGGUUCAGGAGGCAGGUGACCGCCUCGGACCUGGUGGACUCGGGCAUCAUCGACAAGGACACGCUGGCCGACCUCGUGCAGGGCUCCAAGACGGUGGAGGAGGUGACGGAAAUGGCCUCCGUCAAGCGCUACCUGGACGGCACGGGCUGCAUCGCCGGCGUGCUGGUGCCCUCCAAGGCCGACCCCGCCAAGAUGGAGAAGAUGACCAUCUACCAGGCCAUGUGGAAGGGCAUCCUGAGGCAGGGCACGGCGCUGGUGCUGCUGGAGGCGCAGGCUGCCACCGGCUUCGUCGUUGACCCGCUCAGCAACAAGAAGCUCUCCGUGGACGAGGCCGUCUCGUCCGGGCUGGUGGGCAGCGAGCUGCACGAGAAGCUCCUGUCGGCCGAGAGGGCCGUGACGGGCUACACCGACCCCUACACCGGCGACCAGAUCUCUCUCUUCCAGGCCAUGAAGAAGGAGCUCAUCGUCAAGGAGCACGGCAUCCGCCUGCUGGAGGCCCAGAUCGCCACCGGCGGCAUCAUCGACCCCGUGCACAGCCACCGCCUCCCCGUGGAGGUGGCCUACCGGCGCGGCUACUUCGACCAGGAGAUGAACCAGAUCCUCUCCGACCCCAGCGACGACACCAAGGGCUUCUUCGACCCCAACACCCACGAGAACCUCACCUACAUGCAGCUCCUCCGCCGCUGCGUCCCCGACCCGGACACGGGGCUGCUCAUGCUCCAGCUGAUGCACAAGGGCUCCGUGCUCUACCAGCUGACCGAGGACGCCCGGCAAGCCCUGCAGGCUGUCCGCACCACCCUCAGCGUGGGGCUCUUCCAGGGCCAGAGCGUCACCGUCUGGGAGCUCCUCUUCUCCCGCUACGUCCCCGACCACCGGCGCCAGGACCUCCUCCGGAGGUACAAGGCGGGGACGGUCACCAUCUCGGAGAUGAUCACCCUCCUCACCGCCAUCAUCACCGGGGCUGAGGGCCAGGGCCACGGCGCUGCCUUGGCCCGCAAGCCGACGCAGCGGGAGGCCCCGCCGUUGGCCGAGAAUGGCGAGGCCGCGGGCUCCCAGCAGGAGCGGGAGCGGGAGCGGGAGCGGGAGUUGGAGCGGGAGCGGGAGCGGGAGCGGGAGCGGGAGCGGGAGCGGGAGCUGGAGCGGUCCCUGAAGUCCCGCACCGUCGAGGUCUCGGCGGGUGGCUUCCACGGCAGGAAGGUCUCCCUGUGGGAGCUCCUCUUCUCCACGUACGUCUCCGAGGCAAAGAGGCAGGAGCUGCUGGCGCAGGUCCGGGCCGGCAGUGUGGCGCUGGACGAGCUGGCGAGGCGCCUCACCCUCCUCAUCGAGGAGGUGGUGGAGCGGAGCAGCAGCAUGAAAUUCACGGGGUUCAGGAGGCAGGUGACCGCCUCGGACCUGGUGGACUCGGGCAUCAUCGACAAGGACACGCUGGCCGACCUCGUGCAGGGCUCCAAGACGGUGGAGGAGGUGACGGAAAUGGCCUCCGUCAAGCGCUACCUGGACGGCACGGGCUGCAUCGCCGGCGUGCUGGUGCCCUCCAAGGCCGACCCCGCCAAGAUGGAGAAGAUGACCAUCUACCAGGCCAUGUGGAAGGGCAUCCUGAGGCAGGGCACGGCGCUGGUGCUGCUGGAGGCGCAGGCUGCCACCGGCUUCGUCGUUGACCCGCUCAGCAACAAGAAGCUCUCCGUGGACGAGGCCGUCUCGUCCGGGCUGGUGGGCAGCGAGCUGCACGAGAAGCUCCUGUCGGCCGAGAGGGCCGUGACGGGCUACACCGACCCCUACACCGGCGACCAGAUCUCUCUCUUCCAGGCCAUGAAGAAGGAGCUCAUCGUCAAGGAGCACGGCAUCCGCCUGCUGGAGGCCCAGAUCGCCACCGGCGGCAUCAUCGACCCCGUGCACAGCCACCGCCUCCCCGUGGAGGUGGCCUACCGGCGCGGCUACUUCGACCAGGAGAUGAACCAGAUCCUCUCCGACCCCAGCGACGACACCAAGGGCUUCUUCGACCCCAACACCCACGAGAACCUCACCUACAUGCAGCUCCUCCGCCGCUGCGUCCCCGACCCGGACACGGGGCUGCUCAUGCUCCAGCUGAUGCACAAGGGCUCCGUGCUCUACCAGCUGACCGAGGACGCCCGGCAAGCCCUGCAGGCUGCCCGCACCACCCUCAGCGUGGGGCUCUUCCAGGGCCAGAGCGUCACCGUCUGGGAGCUCCUCUUCUCCCGCUACGUCCCCGACCACCGGCGCCAGGACCUCCUCCGGAGGUACAAGGCGGGGACGGUCACCAUCUCGGAGAUGAUCACCCUCCUCACCGCCAUCAUCACCGGGGCUGAGGGCCAGGGCCACGGCGCUGCCUUGGCCCGCAAGCCGACGCAGCGGGAGGCCCCGCCGUUGGCCGAGAAUGGCGAGGCCGCGGGCUCCCAGCAGGAGCGGGAGCGGGAGCGGGAGCGGGAGCGGGAGUUGGAGCGGGAGCGGGAGCGGGAGCGGGAGCGGGAGCUGGAGCGGUCCCUGAAGUCCCGCACCGUCGAGGUCUCGGCGGGUGGCUUCCACGGCAGGAAGGUCUCCCUGUGGGAGCUCCUCUUCUCCACGUACGUCUCCGAGGCAAAGAGGCAGGAGCUGCUGGCGCAGGUCCGGGCCGGCAGUGUGGCGCUGGACGAGCUGGCGAGGCGCCUCACCCUCCUCAUCGAGGAGGUGGUGGAGCGGAGCAGCAGCAUGAAAUUCACGGGGUUCAGGAGGCAGGUGACCGCCUCGGACCUGGUGGACUCGGGCAUCAUCGACAAGGACACGCUGGCCGACCUCGUGCAGGGCUCCAAGACGGUGGAGGAGGUGACGGAAAUGGCCUCCGUCAAGCGCUACCUGGACGGCACGGGCUGCAUCGCCGGCGUGCUGGUGCCCUCCAAGGCCGACCCCGCCAAGAUGGAGAAGAUGACCAUCUACCAGGCCAUGUGGAAGGGCAUCCUGAGGCAGGGCACGGCGCUGGUGCUGCUGGAGGCGCAGGCUGCCACCGGCUUCGUCGUUGACCCGCUCAGCAACAAGAAGCUCUCCGUGGACGAGGCCGUCUCGUCCGGGCUGGUGGGCAGCGAGCUGCACGAGAAGCUCCUGUCGGCCGAGAGGGCCGUGACGGGCUACACCGACCCCUACACCGGCGACCAGAUCUCUCUCUUCCAGGCCAUGAAGAAGGAGCUCAUCGUCAAGGAGCACGGCAUCCGCCUGCUGGAGGCCCAGAUCGCCACCGGCGGCAUCAUCGACCCCGUGCACAGCCACCGCCUCCCCGUGGAGGUGGCCUACCGGCGCGGCUACUUCGACCAGGAGAUGAACCAGAUCCUCUCCGACCCCAGCGACGACACCAAGGGCUUCUUCGACCCCAACACCCACGAGAACCUCACCUACAUGCAGCUCCUCCGCCGCUGCGUCCCCGACCCGGACACGGGGCUGCUCAUGCUCCAGCUGAUGCACAAGGGCUCCGUGCUCUACCAGCUGACCGAGGACGCCCGGCAAGCCCUGCAGGCUGCCCGCACCACCCUCAGCGUGGGGCUCUUCCAGGGCCAGAGCGUCACCGUCUGGGAGCUCCUCUUCUCCCGCUACGUCCCCGACCACCGGCGCCAGGACCUCCUCCGGAGGUACAAGGCGGGGACGGUCACCAUCUCGGAGAUGAUCACCCUCCUCACCGCCAUCAUCACCGGGGCUGAGGGCCAGGGCCACGGCGCUGCCUUGGCCCGCAAGCCGACGCAGCGGGAGGCCCCGCCGUUGGCCGAGAAUGGCGAGGCCGUGGGCUCCCAGCAGGAGCGGGAGCGGGAGCGGGAGCGGGAGUUGGAGCGGGAGCGGGAGCGGGAGCGGGAGCGGGAGCUGGAGCGGUCCCUGAAGUCCCGCACCGUCGAGGUCUCGGCGGGUGGCUUCCACGGCAGGAAGGUCUCCCUGUGGGAGCUCCUCUUCUCCACGUACGUCUCCGAGGCAAAGAGGCAGGAGCUGCUGGCGCAGGUCCGGGCCGGCAGUGUGGCGCUGGACGAGCUGGCGAGGCGCCUCACCCUCCUCAUCGAGGAGGUGGUGGAGCGGAGCAGCAGCAUGAAAUUCACGGGGUUCAGGAGGCAGGUGACCGCCUCGGACCUGGUGGACUCGGGCAUCAUCGACAAGGACACGCUGGCCGACCUCGUGCAGGGCUCCAAGACGGUGGAGGAGGUGACGGAAAUGGCCUCCGUCAAGCGCUACCUGGACGGCACGGGCUGCAUCGCCGGCGUGCUGGUGCCCUCCAAGGCCGACCCCGCCAAGAUGGAGAAGAUGACCAUCUACCAGGCCAUGUGGAAGGGCAUCCUGAGGCAGGGCACGGCGCUGGUGCUGCUGGAGGCGCAGGCUGCCACCGGCUUCGUCGUUGACCCGCUCAGCAACAAGAAGCUCUCCGUGGACGAGGCCGUCUCGUCCGGGCUGGUGGGCAGCGAGCUGCACGAGAAGCUCCUGUCGGCCGAGAGGGCCGUGACGGGCUACACCGACCCCUACACCGGCGACCAGAUCUCUCUCUUCCAGGCCAUGAAGAAGGAGCUCAUCGUCAAGGAGCACGGCAUCCGCCUGCUGGAGGCCCAGAUCGCCACCGGCGGCAUCAUCGACCCCGUGCACAGCCACCGCCUCCCCGUGGAGGUGGCCUACUGGCGCGGCUACUUCGACCAGGAGAUGAACCAGAUCCUCUCCGACCCCAGCGACGACACCAAGGGCUUCUUCGACCCCAACACCCACGAGAACCUCACCUACAUGCAGCUCCUCCGCCGCUGCGUCCCCGACCCGGACACGGGGCUGCUCAUGCUCCAGCUGAUGCACAAGGGCUCCGUGCUCUACCAGCUGACCGAGGACGCCCGGCAAGCCCUGCAGGCUGCCCGCACCACCCUCAGCGUGGGGCUCUUCCAGGGCCAGAGCGUCACCGUCUGGGAGCUCCUCUUCUCCCGCUACGUCCCCGACCACCGGCGCCAGGACCUCCUCCGGAGGUACAAGGCGGGGACGGUCACCAUCUCGGAGAUGAUCACCCUCCUCACCGCCAUCAUCACCGGGGCUGAGGGCCAGGGCCACGGCGCUGCCUUGGCCCGCAAGCCGACGCAGCGGGAGGCCCCGCCGUUGGCCGAGAAUGGCGAGGCUGCGGGCUCCCAGCAGGAGCGGGAGCGGGAGCGGGAGUGGGAGUUGGAGCGGGAGCGGGAGCGGGAGCGGGAGCGGGAGCGGGAGCUGGAGCGGUCCCUGAAGUCCCGCACCGUCGAGGUCUCGGCGGGUGGCUUCCACGGCAGGAAGGUCUCCCUGUGGGAGCUCCUCUUCUCCACGUACGUCUCCGAGGCAAAGAGGCAGGAGCUGCUGGCGCAGGUCCGGGCCGGCAGUGUGGCGCUGGACGAGCUGGCGAGGCGCCUCACCCUCCUCAUCGAGGAGGUGGUGGAGCGGAGCAGCAGCAUGAAAUUCACGGGGUUCAGGAGGCAGGUGACCGCCUCGGACCUGGUGGACUCGGGCAUCAUCGACAAGGACACGCUGGCCGACCUCGUGCAGGGCUCCAAGACGGUGGAGGAGGUGACGGAAAUGGCCUCCGUCAAGCGCUACCUGGACGGCACGGGCUGCAUCGCCGGCGUGCUGGUGCCCUCCAAGGCCGACCCCGCCAAGAUGGAGAAGAUGACCAUCUACCAGGCCAUGUGGAAGGGCAUCCUGAGGCAGGGCACGGCGCUGGUGCUGCUGGAGGCGCAGGCUGCCACCGGCUUCGUCGUUGACCCGCUCAGCAACAAGAAGCUCUCCGUGGACGAGGCCGUCUCGUCCGGGCUGGUGGGCAGCGAGCUGCACGAGAAGCUCCUGUCGGCCGAGAGGGCCGUGACGGGCUACACCGACCCCUACACCGGCGACCAGAUCUCUCUCUUCCAGGCCAUGAAGAAGGAGCUCAUCGUCAAGGAGCACGGCAUCCGCCUGCUGGAGGCCCAGAUCGCCACCGGCGGCAUCAUCGACCCCGUGCACAGCCACCGCCUCCCCGUGGAGGUGGCCUACCGGCGCGGCUACUUCGACCAGGAGAUGAACCAGAUCCUCUCCGACCCCAGCGACGACACCAAGGGCUUCUUCGACCCCAACACCCACGAGAACCUCACCUACAUGCAGCUCCUCCGCCGCUGCGUCCCCGACCCGGACACGGGGCUGCUCAUGCUCCAGCUGAUGCACAAGGGCUCCGUGCUCUACCAGCUGACCGAGGACGCCCGGCAAGCCCUGCAGGCUGCCCGCACCACCCUCAGCGUGGGGCUCUUCCAGGGCCAGAGCGUCACCGUCUGGGAGCUCCUCUUCUCCCGCUACGUCCCCGACCACCGGCGCCAGGACCUCCUCCGGAGGUACAAGGCGGGGACGGUCACCAUCUCGGAGAUGAUCACCCUCCUCACCGCCAUCAUCACCGGGGCUGAGGGCCAGGGCCACGGCGCUGCCUUGGCCCGCAAGCCGACGCAGCGGGAGGCCCCGCCGUUGGCCGAGAAUGGCGAGGCCGCGGGCUCCCAGCAGGAGCGGGAGCGGGAGCGGGAGCGGGAGUUGGAGCGGGAGCGGGAACGGGAGCGGGAGCGGGAGCGGGAGCGGGAGCGGGAGCUGGAGCGGUCCCUGAAGUCCCGCACCGUCGAGGUCUCGGCGGGUGGCUUCCACGGCAGGAAGGUCUCCCUGUGGGAGCUCCUCUUCUCCACGUACGUCUCCGAGGCAAAGAGGCAGGAGCUGCUGGCGCAGGUCCGGGCCGGCAGUGUGGCGCUGGACGAGCUGGCGAGGCGCCUCACCCUCCUCAUCGAGGAGGUGGUGGAGCGGAGCAGCAGCAUGAAAUUCACGGGGUUCAGGAGGCAGGUGACCGCCUCGGACCUGGUGGACUCGGGCAUCAUCGACAAGGACACGCUGGCCGACCUCGUGCAGGGCUCCAAGACGGUGGAGGAGGUGACGGAAAUGGCCUCCGUCAAGCGCUACCUGGACGGCACGGGCUGCAUCGCCGGCGUGCUGGUGCCCUCCAAGGCCGACCCCGCCAAGAUGGAGAAGAUGACCAUCUACCAGGCCAUGUGGAAGGGCAUCCUGAGGCAGGGCACGGCGCUGGUGCUGCUGGAGGCGCAGGCUGCCACCGGCUUCGUCGUUGACCCGCUCAGCAACAAGAAGCUCUCCGUGGACGAGGCCGUCUCGUCCGGGCUGGUGGGCAGCGAGCUGCACGAGAAGCUCCUGUCGGCCGAGAGGGCCGUGACGGGCUACACCGACCCCUACACCGGCGACCAGAUCUCUCUCUUCCAGGCCAUGAAGAAGGAGCUCAUCGUCAAGGAGCACGGCAUCCGCCUGCUGGAGGCCCAGAUCGCCACCGGCGGCAUCAUCGACCCCGUGCACAGCCACCGCCUCCCCGUGGAGGUGGCCUACCGGCGCGGCUACUUCGACCAGGAGAUGAACCAGAUCCUCUCCGACCCCAGCGACGACACCAAGGGCUUCUUCGACCCCAACACCCACGAGAACCUCACCUACAUGCAGCUCCUCCGCCGCUGCGUCCCCGACCCGGACACGGGGCUGCUCAUGCUCCAGCUGAUGCACAAGGGCUCCGUGCUCUACCAGCUGACCGAGGACGCCCGGCAAGCCCUGCAGGCUGCCCGCACCACCCUCAGCGUGGGGCUCUUCCAGGGCCAGAGCGUCACCGUCUGGGAGCUCCUCUUCUCCCGCUACGUCCCCGACCACCGGCGCCAGGACCUCCUCCGGAGGUACAAGGCGGGGACGGUCACCAUCUCGGAGAUGAUCACCCUCCUCACCGCCAUCAUCACCGGGGCUGAGGGCCAGGGCCACGGCGCUGCCUUGGCCCGCAAGCCGACACAGCGGGAGGCCCCGCCGUUGGCCGAGAAUGGCGAGGCCGCGGGCUCCCAGCAGGAGCGGGAGCGGGAGCGGGAGCGGGAGCGGGAGCUGGAGCGGGAGCGGGAGCGGGAGCUGGAGCUGGAGCGGUCCCUGAAGUCCCGCACCAUCGAGGUCUCGGCGGGUGGCUUCCACGGCAGGAAGGUCUCCCUGUGGGAGCUCCUCUUCUCCACGUACGUCUCCGAGGCAAAGAGGCAGGAGCUGCUGGCGCAGGUCCGGGCCGGCAGUGUGGUGCUGGACGAGCUGGCGAGGCGCCUCACCCUCCUCAUCGAGGAGGUGGUGGAGCGGAGCAGCAGCAUGAAAUUCACGGGGUUCAGGAGGCAGGUGACCGCCUCGGACCUGGUGGACUUGGGCAUCAUCGACAAGGACACGCUGGCCGACCUCGUGCAGGGCUCCAAGACGGUGGAGGAGGUGACGGAAAUGGCCUCCGUCAAGUGCUACCUGGACGGCACAGGAACGCUGGAGUCAGCCUGGGUUAUCUCCGUUCCUUUUGGUGAAAUAUGUUGUCCUCAUUUUCGUCCUGCACAUUUGAAUGGAAGACUGCGCGGGGAGCAGCUCACAGCUCUCCUCGGCAGGUUACUGGCAGGCGGCACUGAAGAGUCAUCCUGCGGCUGGAGCAGCCUUCCUGGGCAGCAUGUUAGCCUGGCCCUGGAGUGGAGGCUACGGCGCAGGUGCAGAAGCAGCCUGGUUAAAGACAGUCAGUUCAUCCCCGGGCGGGGGAUCAGGGACCUCCGUGGCCAUAUGGAGCAUCACGGCUCACUUCAGGAGUCGUGUUGGACAGCCACGCACUUGAACAGCCAGGAGCUAGCAGUAUCUCUGUGGGAAAUUCCUGUCCCAGAGCAGGCAAUGAUGCCUAACAGGAACGUUGUGGUGGUGACGGUCCUCCCUGAUGAGGGCACCCAGAGAAGUAGAAUGGACUGUGUGGCCCCAGCAGCUCCAGCCCCUACACCUCACCUGCCCAUCACUGAGGUCCAUGCCUUCCAGCCCAAGCAUGGCAGCACUCUUGUCACUCCAGGACAUGCCACAGCCUCAUCUGGCUGUCUUCUCCUCCACCUGUGGACCAGUAUGGCCCUGGUCACCAUGCUGAACCAGUACCUUGCAAAGGACACUCCAGGAACAUGCCCAGGCACAAACAGGAAUAGCCGGUGUCAGGACCCCAGGCGGCCGGCCGCAUUGCUGGGCGUAACAUCCGACUACGUUGGCAGCAGCACGGUACCCCCGUGGCUGCCGCCUGCCCUGGACUGGGAGAGCUGCGCUGUGCCGUGGUCCAGCACACCACGCGCCCAGGGCAUGGCCGCAGACACGCAGGAACCGUGCACGAGCUACAUGGGGCUCUGGUGGCACCAGGAGCUGGCCCCUGGGACCGAAGGGGUGAACCAUGGCCUCUUCUGGUGUCACAGCCCCCUGCAUGCUCCCUGGCCCCUGCGCGUGGGGACUGCCUCCAUGCCAGGACUUUUCUGGCUCUUGACACCCACCUUGCAGGACAAGAACCGUCCAUGGUGGGCGCGUUUCGGGAGUGCUCGGCCGAGCACCGUGAACUGCAGCAAUCAGCACGGCGGCUGCAAAUCCCCGGAGGCCUGUGUCUGGUCUGGCAGCAGUGGCCGUGUGCGUGUUGCUGUCUUCCCGAAGGUGUUGGUGGGCAGGCAUCCCGCUGUGCCGCACAGCUGGGAGAUGGACCGAAGGGCAGACCCCACCAGCUACAUUCAGUUCUGCACAUCCCAACGGUGCCCCGAGGUCAGCUCUGCGGACAUCCUGACGGCCGAGGGUCUGCUUUGCAUGGGCUGCGGUGUGUCGAGGGGCCUCGUGGGCCCCGCUGAAGCAGGAGCUGCACGAGCAGAGAGCUGUGCCUGUGCCAUCUCCCGAUGUGCCCUCGGGGGAAGACGGGAGUCCAAGGACACCUACACCUUCCGGCAGGUGAGGCUGAGCCACCCGGCUGCAGAUACCCGAGCCCAGGCGUCUCCAUGCCAGGCUUCCCGGGAAGCUGCAGGACCAGCUGCUUUGAGGCCAGACAGAUACAGCUGUCUGCAGCUGGGUGGCAGCCCCGGCAACCCAGUGCCACAUGUACAGAUCCUGACACGACACAAACUCUCCCCAGACCGUGAUGCUGUCCCCUCCCUGCCUUCUGCUGAGCGCGUGACGUGCAGUCACUCGAAGACCCCGCAGAGCCCACCGUGCGCGCUGCUCAUCCUGGCUGAGAGGCGGCGGGAGGAGGAGGACCAGAGCCUGCUGAGGAGCCAGCCGCUCUGGAUACGUGUCCAGCAGGUAGGACAGAGCCCGUCUGGAGGGGACACCGGGGCCACCACACAGCCCCGCUUCGGCAUGGCACCCUCCGUGCAGAUACCAGGGGCCUGCAAGGGAUGUGGGGACCUUGCCUCUACCCCAAAACCUAGUGUUCAGAGGGCAGCUGCUGAGGCCCAGGGGACUGGUGAGCAGGAGGUCUCCAGGCAGGACUCGGUCUUUUCCAAGAAGGGACAAAGUGACAGAGUGGCACCAGGGCUGGAUGGAGCUGCUGCUCCAUACGAUGCGCUUUGUGUCCUCAACACUCCAGCUGAGCAGAUCAGGACAUUGGGAUACGAGAAGGAAAGUGCAUAUCUCUCACUCUGUGACAUGGCCCUCAAACCUCUCCGCCUGCCAGGACCUGAGGUGCUGCAGGACUGUUCCCCAGAGACAAUGCAGAAGAUGAGUGGACCCCCUCAGAACAACAAGUCAAGCAACAUGGGAAGUAACCUGAUUGCAGGUGGACACAAAGAGAUGGGUGGGGGUGGAAGUAACUUCAUAGCUGGAGUCUUCAUCCAGGCUAUGAAUAAGAAGAUAAGUAUCUAUGAUGCCAUGAUGAGGGGGCUCCUGACACCAGGUACGGCCCUGGUGCUGCUGGAGGCACAGGCUGCUUCAGGGUUCCUCACCGACCCUGUGAGGAACGAGAAACUAUCGGUGAAAGAGGCACUGACGGCAGGACUCGUAGGCAGAGAUUUUUAUGAGAAGCUGCUGUCGGCAGAGGGAGCCGUGACAGGGUACACAGAGCCGUACACAGGACACAAGAUCUCUCUCUUCCAGGCCAUGAAGAAAGAGUUCAUCGUCAAGGAGCACGCUAUCCGCCUGCUGGAGGCCCAGAUCGCCACCGGUGGCAUCAUCGACCCCGUCAACAGCCACCGCCUCCCCGUGGAGGUGGCCUACCAGCGCGGCUACUUUGACCAGGAGAUGUGCCAGUUUCUUUCUAACCCCAAGAAUCAAACGAGAAGUUGCUUCGACCCCAACACACAUGAAAACCUCACUUAUACACAGCUCCUCCGCCGCUGCGUACCUGACCCAGACACAGGGCUCCUUAUGCUCCAUGUGAUGGACAAGGGCUCCGUGCUCUACCAGCUGAACAAGGACGCCCGGAAAGCCCUGCAGGCCGCCCGCACCACCGUGAACGUGGGGCUCUUCCAGGGCCAGAGCGUCACCAUCUGGGAGCUCCUCUUCUCCCGCUACGUCCCUGAUCACCAGAGAGAGGAGCUGCUGAAGAAAUACAAGGCAGGGAUGGUCACCAUCCCGGAGAUGAUCACCAUCCUCACCACCAUCAUCACCAAGGCAGAAAUGGAAAACGGGGAUCUGAGCUCAUCCACAGUUAUACCCAACAACGAGGUGGAAGCAUCACAACCAGUUCAGGAUAUACACUCCCAGGAGCAACAGUUGAGAAAGUCCUUAAAGUCUGCAACCAUCUAUGUCACUGCUGGUGAGUUCCAGGGGCAAAACAUUUCCUUGUUGGAUCUGCUUUUUUCCAAAUACAUCCCUCAAGGGAAGCGGCAGGAGCUGCUGGAGCUGUACAGAGCAGGGAUACUGACCACAGAGCAGGUGGCUACUGUGGUCACCACCAUCAUAAACAGAACAGAAGCUGCAAAUGCCGUGCUCAUGGCAAAUGCCAGAAGUCCACACAAGGCAAUGACAAGGGCAGAGGAAAAUGGAGAUGAUUUUUCAACCCAAGAUGCACAACUAGAUAACAUCUUGAAGUCUACCACCAUUGAUGUGCCAGCUGGUGAGUUGCAGGGCAGGCAGGUCUCUGUGUGGGACCUGCUCUUCUCUGACUACAUCCCUGAGGAGAAAAGACAGGAGCUUCUGGAGCUGUACCGUGAAAGGGUAUUAACUCUGGAGCAGAUGAUAACUGUUGUCACCACUGUCAUCAAGAAAAAAGAAUCUACAAGCAGGAAAUUCCUAACUGCAGUCAAGACUGCUGACAAGGACACUGUGUCAGAAGCAGGAGAGAAGGAUGACGACUCACCCAAAGAAGAACCAUGGGAAACAGCCUUGAAAACCACAGCCGUCGACAUGGAGGUUGGGGAGUUUCAGGGCCACAAGGUCUCUGUGUGGGACCUGCUCCACUCCAAGUAUAUCCCAGAGGAGAACAGAAAGGAGCUCCUGGAGCUGUACCAGGCAGGAGAGCUAACCCUUGAGCAGGUGAAAACCGUUGUCAGCACUAUCGUAACCAAGGCAGAAGCAGCAAGGGCAGAGCAAUUGGCAAAUGCGAGCAGUCCAAGAGCAGAGUCGACAGUUGCAGAAGCUGAGCACACCUACCUGCAGGAGGACAGGACCUGGGAAGAGACCCUGAAGUCCACCACAGUCGAGAUGUCAAUGGAUGAGUUCCAGGGGAGGCAGGUCUCUGUGUGGGACCUGCUCUUCUCUGACUACAUCCCUGAGGAGAAAAGACAGGAGCUCCUGGAACUGUACUGUGCAGGGACACUGGCCUUGGAGCAGAUGAUAACUGUUGUCACCACUCUCAUUAAGAAAAAAGAAUCUACAGGCAGGAAAUUCCUAACUGCAGUCAAGACUGCUGACAAGGACACUGUGUCAGAAGCAGGAGAGAAGGAUGACGACUCACCCAAAGAAGAACCAUGGGAAACAGCCUUGAAAACCACAGCCGUCGACAUGGAGGUUGGGGAGUUUCAGGGCCACAAGGUCUCUGUGUGGGACCUGCUCCACUCCAAGUAUAUCCCAGAGGAGAACAGAAAGGAGCUCCUGGAGCUGUACCAGGCAGGAGAGCUAACCCUUGAGCAGGUGAAAACUGUUGUCAGCACUAUCGUAACCAAGGCAGAAGCAGCAAGGGCAGAGCAAUUGGCAAAUGCGAGCAGUCCAAGAGCAGAGUCGACAGUUGCAGAAGCUGAGCACACCUACCUGCAGGAGGACAGGACCUGGGAAGAGACCCUGAAGUCCACCACAGUCGAGAUGUCAAUGGAUGAGUUCCAGGGGAGGCAGGUCUCUGUGUGGGACCUGCUCUUCUCUGACUACAUCCCUGAGGAGAAAAGACAGGAGCUCCUGGAGCUGUAUCGUGCGGGGACACUCACCAUUGAGGAACUGGUCAGCACCACCAGCAGCAUUGUGACAGACAGCAAAGAAAGGCAUCUUGCAAGCCUUCCCCAGCAGACAGUGGAUCUCCUCCAGUCCGAGGGCUCCUACAUUACUUUUGGCCAGUUCCAGGAGCAGAGGGUGUCAGUGUGGGAGCUCCUCUCCACCAAGCAAGUCUCCGAGUACAAACGAGAAGCACAUCUCGACACUUACGGCACAGGAGGGCUGACCGUGAACAAGAUCACCAUCACCACCACCGUCAUCACAGGCCCACAGCGUAAGAAGAGACACCACCAGGACCACUAGCACCACCCACCCCAGAAGAGGAACGAGCUCUGCCUCCUGGGGCAGGCAUGGCCUGGGCACUUGUGAGAGUUCGCUCUCCACAUAACUCAAUUAUGGGCAGGAAAGAGCGGUGACAAACCUGUGUG